CAGCAAUCAACAGCCUCCAAGUCCCGCAUCCCCCGAGCAGUCUCCAAAGACAGUCUUGCCAGCGCGGCCAGUGCCCGUUCUGCCUCCUGCACCAACCAAGACGGCAGCAAGAUCCCACGACUGGCAGCCAAGCCUGCCGAUCCCACCGCUGCCACCUAUUCCCCUACAAAGGCCAAGGUCUCAACACCAGGAAGGGGUCGCUCAGUCAGCGAUGUCUCGCCCUGGGAUGACACGCCAACCCCUACCCCAAGAGAGGCCGCUCCUGCCGAUAGCUUGGCUGGCACGCCCAGAGGGGGACCACACACACCUAUGAGCAGUGCUGUCUCAUUUGGAGAGAGUGGCAGUGAAUGGGACGACGAUGAUGUGCUCGGGGCUCUGGAGGGAACAUCUCCACAGAAAGUGACAAAUAAAAUACUGGAGAAGAAACAACCGAUCUUGGCAAAACCAAAUGAUCGGGUUGAGAAAAGGCCCCUUAGUUCACAAGACAAACAACAAAGAAAAGAUGUUCUUAAUCAGCUGGGGAUGAGUGAUAUGGAUGAUGACGAUGAUGAUUCCAGUGUUCACUUCACUGAUGAGGAACCUAAGAAAGCCUUGUCAACCGUCAAACCAAGUCUUCAGCCUAACCCCAUCAUCAGCGUCAAAGAUAGCCCAGUUGUCUCAAAAACCGCCAAGACUGAAGCAGAAGCAGAGGAAGAUGAAGAGUCAGACUGGGACUCAGAUGAUGAUUUGCUCCCUUCCCAUGCCUCAAAUGAUAAAGACCCGCCAAUCAUAAGACCCGGUGAUUCGGGCAUCCACACCAACUCAGACAGUCUAACAUCAAAGCCCAAACCCGCUUCCCCAUCUGGGCCGCCGAUCUCGCCCCGCGUCGAGCGGAAGUUACCUCCCACCCCUACCAAGGAGGCAACAGGGAGGGGUAGAGAUCCAAGGGAGGUGGAGCAGGGUGGGGCCAGGAUGCAGGUGCAGAAAGGCGAGGCUGAAGAUGAUGAUGACAACUGGGAUUCGGAAGCAGAGGACGAAGAAGAGGAGAGCGAAUGGGAGAAGGCCAGGAAAGUGGGAAGGAGGGCAAGCAUCCAUGAGGAGUUGAAGCAGGCACAGAAGACAGAGGUCAGUCGGCAGCAAAGGUGGGAAGAGGAGGAAGCAGAGCGAGAGAAGAAACGAAAAUUGGAAGCAGAGGCCGAGCUGCGCAGAGAGCAAGAAGAGAUUGAGCGAGAACGACAACAGAGGGAAGAAGAGGAGAGAGAAGAAAGGGAACGGGAAGAACAGGAGCGGCGGGAAAGAGAACGCAGGGAGGCGGAAAGGAGACAAGAGGAAGAGGAAAGGGCAAGACGAAAAGAAGCAGAGCAGAGACAGAAUGAUGAGGAGAGGAGGGCUGCAGAAGAGAAGAGAAAAAAGCUGGAGGCAGAACACUUGCAGAGAGUAGAGCGGGAGAUGAAGGAGAAACAGAUGGAGGCGGAGAGACAACGGGAGGAAAGGUGGAAAAAGGAAGAGCAAGAACGGAAGGCCGAAGAGGACAAGCGACGAAAGAUGGAGGAGGAGCGCUUAAGGAAGAUGGAGGAGGACAUGCGGGAGAGACAGAAGGCGGACGAGAGACUGCAGGAGGAGAAGAGGAGGCGGGAUGACGAGGAGCAGACACUGAGGGAAGAACAGCUGAGGAGAGAGAUGGAGAAGAUGAAAUCGGUUGAGGAGAGGAAUGAGGCAGAGAGACAGCAUCUGGAGCAGGAGAGGAGACGGCUAGAAGAAGAAAGGCAACAGGAGAAGUUGAAGAGAGAGGAGGAUAAGAAACGGCGAGAGAUGGAGACAAAGAUGGAGCUAGAGAGGAUUGAAGCUGAGCGGGCAAAAUUGGACUCAGAGAGGCGCCUAAUGGAGAGGAAAGUCAAUGAGGAAAGAAAAAGAGCUGAAGAUACACAGAAGUUGGACAGGCAGAUGCAAGAGGAAUCAACUAAGAAGCUUGAGGAUGAAAAAAGACAGCGGGAAGAAGAAAAGAGGAGAAACGAGGACGAAAGAUUAAAGUUAGAGAGGGAGAAGGACGAGUUGCAAACCUUGCGUCUCCAAAACGAAGAAGCAAGACAGAGGCUGGAGGAUGAUAGGAAGCGAGAGGAAGACAGGAGAAAAUUUGAUGAGGACCGGAUCAAGAAGGAAGAAGAACGUCUGGAGAUGGAGAGAAAGAGAAUUGAAGAUGAAGCCAAGAAGCGGCAGAGGGAAUUACUCCAGGGGAUUUCUUCCAAGAGCAAUGGAGAGAAGAAACAAUUCGAAGAGGAAAUUCGCCGCCUUGAGGAAGAGCGUCAACGUGCGAUCCAGCGUAAAGUAGAAGAAUUCGAAGAUGAGAGGCUGCGCCAGACCGCAGAGAAGACAGCCCUGCAGAAGGAACUUGAGCUCCAGUCACAACGGUUCAAGGAGGAGAGGCAGAAAUUUGAAGCCAGGCAGAAGGAAGCCGAGCGCCAGAGGCAGCUGGAGGAGUCCCGUCGGGAGGAGGAGUUGAAGAAGAUGACCGAGGAGCGGACAAGAGAGAUGGAGCAGCUGACGACGGAGAAGCAGCGCCUCCAGAAGGAGAACAUGGACAUCGAGAGGAAGUGGCAAGAGAUAAGGAGGAUGAAAGAGGAGAUGGAGAAGAAGGAAUCCGAGAGGUACCUGCAGAGAUAUCAGAAGUCCAUCGAGAGGAGAUUGCAGGACGAGGAGGCUGGCGAUGCGGUGACAGCAGACGGUGACCAUGAUCACAGCUCAGACAUUGACGCUGAUCUGCAGGAGAUGGAGGCGGCUGUCUUGCAGAAGCAGCAGCAGGUUGCAUCGGGCACACAGCCGGCACUUCCAAGGGGCCACAGACAGAACGCCAACAUGAGUAACGGCCUGGAUUCACAGGGCAACACAGCAGAGUUCAAUCAAGGAUUGAGUGGGCAAAAUCCUCAGAAUCCACUUCACUCGACAGCAAGAUCCCUGCGAAUGACGCGUAGCACCCUAAUCAAUGGCAACCCCCCUGGUCUACACUCACAGCAGCCAGCAUGGCAGGCUGUUCUCAGCGAGCCAGACGGACUAGACUCCUCCUCAACUGACGAAGAUGACGAUGAGGACUUGGUCAACGGAGGCGAGCUGCGGGCAUCCUUUGCCUCCCCUUACCUGACCUCCACUCCGCAGGGCCUGAACACCAACCAGAAUGCAGGGGGGACGUCACCACCAGACGGUCCCGUCGACCCCACGGCCGUCCUACGAUUACAGGGUCAGCUGAGGGACCAGAGGCGCAUUGCCGACCGAGAAAAGGGCCUGCGUAUCAACGCUGAGAAUCACUGUAAGGCACUAGAGGGAGACAUUGAUGAGAUGCACAGGAGGGUGGAUGAAGCGAAUCACAGCAAAGCAGCACUUGAACAACAUUUGUUGGACCUUGAGGCCCGUGUCCGAACUCUGGAACAUGAGUUGAGCCAAGAGCUGGAGAAGAGACACAAUGCUGAGGUAAUACUGGACAAGACUAAGGAGCAGCUCCUCCGAAAAGAAGAGAUGUACGCUCUUGAAAUUGAAGCCAAGCAGAGAGCCGAGCUUGGAGCACGGAAUCUCAAUCUGGAGUUGAGGACAGCUCAGAAUCUCGUUAGACAGUUUGAGGAGGAACGUGACGAGUUACGGUCUCAACUCCUCCAUGAGAAGCAUGCCAGGGCUCUGCAGGAAGAAUUAGUUCAGGACCAACUUCAUGCCCAAGAUGCCUUACAUCAGGAAUCAUCAAGAAUCUUUGCAGAAAAGGCGGAGGCAGUCAGCCGUCUGGAGGCAGCUGAUGAGAGCCGCAAGGUGGUGCUAAGCCAGAGUGACCGACUCAAGACGGAACUCAAUGCCCUCAAGGUUGAAUUAGAGCGACAAAGGAUGCGACACAGAGAUGAUCAGGGUAUGCUGACCUCAGAGAAUGAGGAACUCGCCAACAAGAUAGAGGAACUCAAGAAUGAAAUUAGAGUCAGCGAGGAGGCCUUGGCACAUGCAACCAUGGCCUUCAACUCCCAGCUGAUGGCCGUCAAAACCGAGAAUGCUAUGCUGCACGGCUCUGUGGAGAAAGAGCUGAACAAGGCCGAUAAGCUGCAGGCAAAGCUUGAAUCUGUUGACAGAAGGCUCCAGUCCACAUCACAAGAACUGGAGAAGUCACAGCAAGCCAGGAGCGACCUAGAACGGUCCUUGCAGCGAGAAAGAGAUGAAUGGAGCCGCAAUAGAGACAAGCUGGAAACGGAAGUCCUCUCGCUCAGGGAAGCCGUGCAGGCAGCAAGCAAGAAAUACGCUGCCAGUGAAAGCAAAGUCCGCAACGUGGAAAAAGAGCUUCAGGUGACCGGUACUUCCCUCAUGGAGCGCAGUAACCAGCUAGCUUCGCUGCAGAGAGAGCUGGACAAUAGAGACACGCGGCAGAGCUCUCACGACACCCUGCUGCAAAAGGAGAAGGAGGAUAAUUACAAGAUAUCAGCAAGAAUGGAAUCACUGAUGGAGAGAUUGAAUGAUUCCCAGGGUGAGAUUGCCAAGCUACGUCGCUCCCUGGAGACGGCCCAGCAGGAGAAGAUGCAGCGAGAUAAGGACCUGAUGGAUGCCCAGGAGAAGUUUAACAACACCCUCAAGACGUUGCAAGCGGAGAAUGACAGGACACGCAGUGUUUGGGAGGAGAGAUUAGCAACGUCAUCUGAGAAUGUUUCUAGACUCAAAGAGGAGUUGCAGCGAUCAGAGCACACCAGGAGUCUGAGGGACCAGGAGAUUCGACAAAUACAGCAGGAGCUGACAGAUGCUCUACGGAAAUUGUCCAUUGCAGAAGCAAACCUAGACCUUGCCAGAAAGAAUCAGAGCGAGCUUGAAAGAGAGAAACAGCAGCAAUCACACCACAUGAAACAGUUGCAGGAUCAGCUGACUUCACUGGAGAGGGAUCGUCGGUCCCUGGAGGGACGGGUGGAGGACUUGCAGUCAGAUCUGAUGCAGACACAGCGGAACAACUUAAACACAUCCCAACAACUCAUGGUUACUCAAACUUCGUUGCAGAGAAAGUCCGAAUUGGAGGAGAGACUGCGAGACCUGGAGACGGAGAAUGCCCGGCUGGAAGCCGUCAUCAAGCAGGAGAAGGAGAGAAGCAAUGGCUUGAAGAGAGAGGUAGAAGACUCCAACAAGAUGCGAAUGAGUUUGGAGGAUUUGGUGUCCAACUUACAAACAACCUCAGUGCGCAUGGAGGGAAAAUUGCAGGAGGAGACAGCCAAUCGGAGUCUGUUUGCCAAAGAGGCCGAAGACCACAGAGGACUCUGGGAAAUGGAGGUCAAAUCGAGGUCAAGACUUGGGCUUAGGAUUGCCCAGUUGGAGAGAGCCAAGACAGAGGUACAGGCCCAAGUGGAUGAGGAAAAGAAGAAAGUCCGUAAGAUGGCAGAGUUGAAGAGAAGCUACGAGGAGAGAUGGCAGAAUGAAGUGCAGAAGACACAACUUCAGGAGCAAGAGAUCAACACCUUGAAGGCCAAACUGAAGACGGCCAAGAAAAAGCUCAAGGAUUUGGAAGUCCCCGAGUUGCGUCUCAACACCUUGCAGACCGGCUUUGAGCGGGAACGGCUGAACAUGGAAGCAACAGUAGCCACACAACGGAGACAGAUUGACGACUUGAAUCAACAGUUAGAGCGAGAAGCCUCAGUGAGGGUGGAUGUGGAGAAACAAAAUCGGCAGCUUCAACAAGAGUUGUCAUCAGCAAAGACCCACGAGAAGGGUAAAGACAAGCUAGAGAAGGCCAAGAGAAAGCUAGAAGAUGAAUUGGUUCAGAUGAAGACACUGGUUCAGCAGAACUUUGUAGACAAAGGAGAACUCCAGAAAUACAAGCAACAGCUUGAUGCUCAGGCGAGGAUGGAAUUGAACGAGAAACUAGAUCAGGUCAACACUUACUUGGAGGAACAGUCUCAGGCUCGGGAGAAAUUGGAGAUGCUAAGAAACUCCAACGAGAAUGAGCUGAGGAAAGAGCAAGAAAACACAAUUAAUGAUUUGAAGAAUGAGAUAGGGAGAUUACGUAGCAGCUACCAUGACAUGCUCGCACAGAAAGAAACCAUGGAGGUAGAAGUUGCUAGAUUCAAGGAGUUAUACCAAGAUGCAGUGAAGAAGCAGGACAAGUUGACCACUCAGCUGGAGAAAGCCCAGGAUAAACUGGUGGAUACACAGGCCAAAUUUACGUUACAGAAGCAACGGAAUAGACAAAUGCUGGACGGGAGCCUGGAUUUAUCUCCCAGACACCUGCCCAAGAAGCAAGCCCAGAGCCCUCAGAUGGACUCCAUCACAGAGAAGGUGUGGAGUGAGCUAGACAAGAGCAUCACACGUCAUUUGCAAGCAGCACCCACUGAUGUUGGGGCCACACUGACUGAGUUGCGGACAGGCUCACUCAGUCGAAGCUACGAUGGCUACAACUCUCCCCUCCGGCACGAGAACAACCAAUACCUUGCCACACUCCGAAAGAACUACUUUGUCUGAAAAAAAGGCUAUUCUGAACCCAGAGGGUUUUUUCUGAUGUUUAUAACCAUUUGUACAUUUUCUGAAAUCUAUUGCUUGUGUGUGAUUCCUGCUGUAAUCAUUUGUAAGUUUGUAGUCUUGAGAAGUAUUUAUCGUUUGUCCUUGAAAAAGCUUUUAUGUCACUAGUCCGAUAGAGAAUUUCAACUUGUGUGUGAUUAUAUUUAAUGGACUGAAAUUGAAGCCUUGCGUGUGUGUGUAAUAAUUGUAUUCCUUGAUAGUGCUUGUAUUCUCUCCUGGGCUCUCGUUCAGUUGAUUGCCAGUGAUUUUGCUUUCAUUUUUCUCGUAAAUUGUGGGACGGUUCUCGGAUAGAAUUGUUCCUACCUCGCUUUGCUAGAGCUGCAAAGAAUAGAAGUUAACAUUGGACCAUUUUUGCUUUUGCCAAAAUAAUUAUCACUCACAGAUGCAGCCAUGAUGUCUCCGUAGAUUCUAGUGUGAGGGGAAAAAUGAAGUGGGGCUAGAUUCACUGAUAUUGACAUGUCUUCAACUGUCACAAGAUUUGCAGCUCAAACUGCUGAAGUUACAUGGCGAAUUUCAUGCUGCACAUGAAAUGAAUUUUGUAGAGGAUAACUUGAUUUUGAAACUCACUGGCAUGCAGCUUGCUAAUUGGGAAACAGCUGAAACUGUGCAAUAUAGUUUCAUGGACGGUGGCAUCGGCCACAAAUGCUGAACUUGGUGCAGUAUUUAAGAGAGACGUAUAUUUUGUCAUAGAUGGGCUCUAGAUUGUUUUUCUGGUAUAGCUUAGAGCAGGGACAUGACUCAAUUCAUUAACAAUUUCCACUUCUUGACAAAAGCCUCCCACAGUUCUACCCAGAGCAUUGCUUAUUUUAAGCAAAAAAAAGUGGAUACAGUAUUUUUUUUGCUGUCCUUGAGCAUGAAACCUUAUCCUUUUUAGACAGACGGGUAUAAGGUCUGGCUAUACCUUUAAGACUUCUGAAAUUGUAAAUGUGCCCUACAAAAACUCAUUUUUAGUCAAAUUGGUCUAAAUCUCUCAAGGUGAAAGGAAAAUCACAGGGAAUUUGCUGGUGCAAAACCCCUGAAAGCCAGAUUGGGAAUGGAAAAUCCAGCCAACUUACCAACUUUGGGUCACAGGACAUGACUCGGGUCUUGUAGUUUGAAGUGAAGAAGGCAAUGUCUUGGCCAGUCUGUUGAGCAACUCCUAAGGAAGUGAGGUUAGCAUAGCAGUACUGUCGUUGCCUUCCAUGUUUGUGACAUUAGGUUCAAAUCCCACCCAGGCUGACAUGUAGGUUGGGUUUGACUCCUUACGUGAUUCCAUGGUUUCCCCUAGACUGUUUAGGGUUUCGUCCCACCUCUAAAACUGAGUAAUUCUUCACUGUGCCGCCCUAAAAGGGACCUUUGAAAAACAGUUCAUAACUAGUAAGGCGUCACUCUGGUUAAAUAAAAAUUAAAAAUUGAUAAGGCCUUUGCUGAUCUAGUAUUCCAUUGAUCCUGCUUAGGCACAUUUA